UUACAAAUAGUCAAAUAUUGCCCCAAACAAAUUAUGGUUUGUAUACAUGGGUGAAGUUCCUAUGAGAACCAUCUUAACAUGAGACCUACUCUUACGAUGAGAAUCUCAUAAGGUACAUAGCACAUAACUUUGAGGUAAAUGAUAAAAAUGAACAAAAUAAUUAUGAAUAAUUUUUUGGAAAAAUGAAAUGUUAAUGUGCACAUCAUAUAUACGUAAGGUACAUGUUCUAAAAGUAUAAGGUACAUUCCCGAAAGGUAUAAAGUACAUACCCUAAGAUUAUAAAAGGUAUAUUUAUAAACUUAUAAAGUUAUAAAGAACGGAAUAUAUCACUUAGUCUUCUUUUAAAAAGAAUAAAUUGAGGGAUAGGUCAAUUGUUUAGAGCUUCCCGGUUUUAAAAUAUCUUGAGAUUUAAUCUCUUGUGGCUCUCUAAAGUCUAAACACCAAAUUGAUUUCGUCACAUUACCAAAAUUAAAUCUUUUUUUUUAGAGGAAACCAUAUCCGAUCAUUGAAGCUUAUUGUUGUUAGCUUAUAGAAAAGAGAAAGAAAAAAAGUAAAAUAGAAUAAGAUUGAGUGUCAUACUAGAAUUUGUUAAAAACUUAAAAUAAAUAAGUAAAAAAGCUCAAUUUCAUAAUCACACCUUAACUGGUCAUUGAAGGCUUAUCCAACUUUUGUGGUGCCUUCAACAAUGUCAUUAAUAGUUAGCGUUUAUAUGUACCUUUCAAUAUUGGUCAAGUAGUUGUAAUUGUAAUACAAACUUAUUAGAAAGCUAGAAACAUAUAACCUAUAAAUAACAUACAUUCUUAUAAGUUAUAUUAUACGAAUUCGUUCACGUUUUUUUUUUUUUUUUUAAUCUUAACCUAGCUAGGUAUGUUUUCAGGUGUUAUAUUUUUCGUUUUAUGCUAAUAAUAAAUUUAAUUUUCACAUGGCUAGCAACUAGUAAUAGCUUAUUAGUACUUAUUACUAUGAUUUUUUUUUUUUUUUUUUUUUUUUUUUUUGUAAAUAGUACAAAGUCAUUCUAAGAUGAAUAAUGUAGAUGUUACGUUGAAUAAAAGAGAGCAAAAAAUGGCGCCAACCGUGGUUUGUGCUGAAUCACAAGCAUUGCACCAAGAUUUUUGCCCAACAAGUUUGGUUUUUGAGUUAGUUCCUGCUGUUUCUUACUCUCUAGGCAUUAAUGACAAUAAUGUUGUUGAGCAAAAAAAGGAGCAAAGUGGCAAUGGCAAUGGAAGGAAAGAGGUUGCUCCAAGCCAGAAUAUGCACACCCCUUGUUGCCUUGACAUCAAGGAACCCGAGGCUAACGAUGAGCUGACCGGAAAAACGGAGGCCUAUAUGAAGGUUGUUUUGGCAAGAUACACGCAGAGAUGGCUUGAGAGGACCAAACACCAUUUAGGAUAUCAAAUAAAUAUGGACUAUAAUUAUGACGAUCUUGAUCGAUUGCAACGAUUUUCAUUUAACAAUUGUGGCGAUCCGUUUAUUGAGGGCAACUAUGGUGUGCACUCGAGGGACUUCGAAGUAGGUGUAUUAGAUUGGUUUGCUCGUCUUUGGGAGAUCAAUAAGGGUGAAUAUUGGGGAUAUGUUACGAGUGGUGGAACUGAAGGAAACCUUCAUGGCCUACUUGUAGGGAGAGAAAUGUUUCCUGAUGGAAUUUUGUAUGCUUCUAAAGAGUCACACUACUCAGUCUUUAAAGCUGCGCGUAUGUAUAGAAUGAGUUGUGUUAAGGUUGAGACGUUAGUUUCCGGCGAAAUUGAUUGUGUCGAUUUAAAGGCAAGUCUUCUCAAGAACAAAGAUAAACCUGCCAUCAUGAAUAUUACCAUAGGUACUACGGUAAAAGGUGCUAUUGAUGAUCUCGAUCUAGUGAUACAAACUCUUGAAGAAUGUGGCUUCCCUCGUAAUCGGUUCUAUAUCCAUUGCGACGGAGCCUUGGUUGGUCUUAUGCUGCCAUUUCUAAAUCGAGCACCGCAAAUCACAUUCAAGAAGCCAAUUGAUAGUAUAAGUGUUUCCGGCCACAAAUUCGUGGGAUGCCCGAUGCCUUGUGGUGUUCAAAUGGUAAGGAGGGAACACAUUAACUAUUUAUCUAGCAAUGUAGAGUAUGUAGCAUCAAGGGAUGUUACAAUCAUGGGAAGUAGGAACGGUCACGCCCCCAUCUUCCUAUGGUAUGCAUUGAGUCGCAAAGGAUACAAUGGAUUCAAGAAAGACGUACAAAAAUGCCUAAACAAUGCACGUUACCUUAAAGACCGGCUUAAAGAGGCCGGCCUUAGUGUCAUGCUCAAUAGGCUAAGCAACACCGUGGUGUUCGAAAGACCUCAAGAUGAGGAUAUAAUUCGAUAUUGGCAGCUCUCGUGUCAAGGGAAUAUAGCUCAUGUUGUCGUGAUGCCUAAUGUUACAAUCAAGAAAUUGGAUACGUUCAUAAGUGAGCUAGUUGAGAAGCGUUCGAAUUGGUUAAAAGACGGUGAAAAUCAACCUCCUUGUGUUGCUUCUGAUAUUGGCAAAGAGAAUUGUGUUUGCCCUUUGCAUAAGUGAGAAUUUAAUCUGCUUGUUAAUUUGAUUGUUUUGUAUUAAGAUAUACUCCAUUAUUUAUUUUUCAUUUUCAUUUAUCAUGCUAUUUGUUUAAUAAAAAAAAUAAUAAUUGUACAAUGUGUAGAAUAUUGAGGUAAAAAAACAUGAACACAUAUACCUAGUAUGAUUAUUGUUUUUUUUUUUUUUUUUUUUUUGAACAUAGUAUGAUUAUUGUUGUAUGCAAGGAUUAUUCGUCCAAUAGUUUACAUUUACAGAUAAUAGAAUUUUUUUUUUUUUUUAUAUUUAUUUAUGUUUCACAAAAAUUUAGCAACAUUAUGUUACAUACAUGUAUAGUUGAUAUAGAUAAUAGAUUCAUGUUAAUCACUG